AUGAGGAGGUUACAGUCCAUGAGAUGGUUUAGUUUUCCCUGGUUGAGGAGAGAGACCACACAGACUGAGACCAGCCCACUCAUACCAAAGACAGACACAGAUAGAGAGUUGUCAGGAGUCCUCCAGGGGACUGACGAGAGCAGCACAGAAGAACAGGCUCCAGAACCAGGACCAAAUGAUGGACCAGGGAACCAGGGUAGAACCAGGGAGUUAAAACCCAGAGCCCGUAGCAAGCCCUUCUCCCUGAGAGACUGCCUUCUCAAGUACCUCCUGUUCUUCAGCAACCUCCUCUUCACGGUGCUAGGCCUGGUGGUCCUGGCCCUGGGACUGUGGGGCCUCAUCAGCAAGGAAUCCUUCGCUCAGGAGAAAAUAGGACAGAUCAGCACCGACCCCAUGCUGGUGUUUGUGGUGCUGGGCUUGGUGCUGUCUACCCUCUGCCUGUCAGGCUGUGUGGGGGCUCUGAGAGAGAACUGCUGCCUGCUCCAGGUCUUCUCAGCCACCGUGCUGGUCCUGGUAGCAGCCCAGGUCCUAGCGGCCAUUGUGGCCUACAGCCUGCAGGGGCAGAUAGAGGGAUACCUGAGGUCAGGUAUGCUGGCUGCCAUGGUACGUUACCAGGAUGACCUGGACCUGAGGUUCAUCACAGAUGAGAUCCAGAUAGGACUGCAGUGCUGCGGGGCCGACACCUACAGAGACUGGGAGGUCAACAUGUACUAUAACUGCUCUGCCCCGGGGGUGCUGUCCUGUGGAGUCCCUGCUACCUGCUGUGUGGACCCCCUGGAGAACGGCACGGUGUGGAACUCCCAGUGUGGAGUAGGAUCCCAGCAGCUGGAUGAGUUCUCUGCUCAGAGCAUCAUCUUCCUGGGGGGCUGUCUGGGGGGCAUGUCCCGCUGGAUAGAGCAGCACACAGGCCUGAUAGGAUCCGUGGGUAUCGUCCUACUGGGGGUUCAGAUCAUCACUCUGUUCAUCACCACACGACUGAUGGAUAACAUCCAGUGCAGUAAAGCUACAAGUUAAUAAGACCCAGUGGAGGAAAGCUACAAGAUAACAUCUAGUGGAGGAAAGCUACAAGAUAACAUAUAGUGGAGUAAUGCUACAAGAUAACAUCAAGUGGAGUAAAGCUACAAGAUAAUAACAUAUAGUGGAGUAAUACUACCAGAUAAAAUCAAGUGGAGUAAAGCUACAAGAUAACAUAUAGUGGAGCAAGCUACAAGAUAACAUAUAGUGGAGUAAUGCUACAAGAUAACAUCAAGUGGAGUAAAGCCACAAGAUAAUAACAUAUAGUGGAGUAAAGCUACAAGAUAAUAACAUCUA